GGCCGCUCCUUGCUGGGCCUCUCCGCCGCCACUAUGUCCUCCUUCUCCGAGUCGGCGCUGGAGAAGAAGCUCUCGGAGCUGAGCAACUCUCAGCAGAGCGUGCAGACUCUAUCCCUAUGGCUCAUCCACCAUCGCAAGCACGCAGGACCCAUCGUCUCUGUGUGGCACCGCGAGCUCCGCAAAGCCAAAUCAAAUAGAAAGCUUACUUUUCUGUACUUAGCAAAUGAUGUGAUCCAAAACAGUAAAAGGAAAGGACCUGAAUUCACUAGAGAAUUUGAAUCUGUCCUUGUGGAUGCCUUUUCUCAUGUUGCCAGAGAGGCAGAUGAAGGCUGUAAAAAACCCUUAGAAAGAUUGCUGAACAUCUGGCAAGAAAGAAGUGUGUAUGGCGGCGAGUUCAUACAGCAGCUGAAGCUGUCUAUGGAGGACUCCAAGAGCCCUCCCCCCAAAGCAACAGAAGAGAAGAAAUCCCUAAAGCGAACUUUUCAGCAAAUACAGGAGGAGGAGGAUGAUGACUACCCUGGAAGCUACUCUCCCCAAGAUCCUUCUGCAGGACCUCUCUUGACUGAAGAACUAAUCAAAGCUUUGCAGGAUCUUGAAAAUGCUGCAUCAGGGGAUGCAACUGUUCGACAGAAAAUUGCUUCUCUGCCCCAAGAAGUGCAAGAUGUUUCUCUACUGGAAAAAAUAACAGACAAAGAGGCAGCUGAACGUCUUUCAAAAACAGUAGAUGAAGCAUGUCUGUUACUAGCAGAGUAUAACGGGCGCCUGGCAGCAGAACUGGAAGACCGGCGCCAGCUGGCUCGGAUGUUGGUGGAGUACACCCAGAAUCAGAAAGAUGUUUUGUCAGAAAAGGAGAAAAAGCUAGAAGAAUAUAAACAGAAGCUCGCACGAGUAACACAGGUCCGCAAGGAACUGAAGUCGCAUAUUCAGAGCUUACCAGACCUCUCACUGCUGCCCAAUGUCACAGGGGGCUUGGCCCCGCUGCCCUCUGCAGGUGACCUCUUUUCAACUGAUUAGGACAGUUGUUAUGCCCCAGAUUCCCAUCUGUGCCAGAAAGAAGGAGACAAGUCAUGGUUGCAGAUAACCCUCUGGCCCCUGGUUUUCUCUGGCUUCUGCCUGGCCCUCCACCUCCAGAAAGAACUGUAUAGACUCUGAUACCUGAUUCUCCUCUCCAGCCUUUCGUCUCGAGCACAGUUCAGAAUAGUGGCCAAAGGAAUCCAGUUUAGAUUCAUACUUGCAAAAAUACAGACCUCCCACUUUAUGAGUUCACGCCCCCAUUGGUUUUCCAUUCUUAACUCUCUUUUUUACACAAGAAGCUAUGAAAAUCAUGGGUAAUUCUGGAAGUUUUUGAAAGAAUCUUGCCCUUGUGACAGCAUGUAUCAUGGAAACAGCACCUCCUUUCUGAGCUGAACUUGUCUGAGUUAGGCUCCCACUGAGGGGCUUGCUUCGCAGACAUUGGCUUUCACAUCUACCACCUGCCCCGAAAGGUUGGUGGCAUAGUCUUUGGGCAGCUUUGCCAUAAAAAUGUUUGCCAAAUUGCUGACCCUUCCCUGUCAUUACUUUUAGCAGUGUAUAGUAAAAGGUAAUGUUUGUUAUGAGCAAUCUAAAGAAUCUAGCAAUGAGAUUUCAUAGCUGACCUAGAACAUAAAGGCACAGUUCAAAGACAAGAGUAAUAGUGAACACAAGCACGUAACUUGCUUGGUUCCUGCACACAGCAUUCCUCAGGCUGCAUUUCUCAAGAGUCUCCCAUUGGCAGAGAGUAAAUUUCUGAAAACACACCAAUUGGCUUUUGUUGGUUGUUAAGGACAGUACUGGUGUCCCCCAAAAGGUAAAGGCACCACAUAGAGGUGUGCUGAGUCUGGGCUCUGCAUGGCUAUGACUGUGACCCUUCCUCUGGGGAGUAGGGUACACUGUCAUCAAUGCAUUAGUGGGCAUCCAUAUGUUCACAACAUGGUGACUGAGCUUGGCCAUCUCUUGCAGACAGGACACCAAGCACGUCUAUCUGUCAGUUCAUACCACUGUAUGUUGCCACAUGAGGAGGAGAAAAAGUAUUUGUAUCAGAUGUUGUUGAAACAGCUCAUCACUGGCAGGGGACAGGAAAAGUGAGGGGUAUUAAUUUGGGAUUUUAAUUCCAUUAUCAUGCCAUCUGACAUAAGUAAAUAAUGUAGUUAGAAUUUUUAUCUUGCGUAUAAUAAGGAUAAGCCUGCUAAUUGUAAAUCAUUCUAAUUUGGCAGGUGAAUUUUUGACAUUGGAAAGGGCAGAAAACAAUUUGUCCCAAUAGUGUAAUAGGAAUGAUAGCCCCAAGGCUGAAAUCCGGAAGCUAUGAAAAGGAAUUCAGUGGGAGGGGCUUGAAAAUCCAUUGUUUAGAGUUGUUAUUUUCAGGAUCACCAAAAAUCACAUGUUACUUUACAUGUUAAAACAUAGCCUGUGUUUUAUGAAGUAUGACACAUCCCUUCCAAAAGCUCUCUUGCCUGCUGUGACAUGAGAACAAGGGAGAGUUAUAACAGGUACUUGGUUUAACUCUGUAGAACCUAGUAGUGUUGAAGCUACUUUUCAGAUAUGCAUCUGUGUGCUGUUUGCUUAUUGACACUGCCUGUUCUGUCACUGUUAAAUUGAUGAGCCUAUGAAGUUUUCCUCCCAAGGCAGUAGGUGACUUCAGUGAAAUAGCAAGAUAAAUUUUAGUAUUUGCUGUUUGUGCACAUCCCCCGCCCCACAUGAUGUGCUGCUUUAAUCUGCAUACAUUGGGACGGUGCUUUCACCAAGGAGGCAAAAUUUUACUAGCCACAAACCAGCCAGAAGACUGAUACUAGCUGUGUUCAGCUAGGUGAAACUAUUACAACAGAAUGAAUUUAGCACACUACUAUGUUUUAUGUCUUUGACCAGCAACUGGUGUAUAAUGAUUACAGCAAGAGCAAGAAAUGAACCUGUAGCAAUUAUGUAAAUGAAUGUGUUGGGCUCUUAACACCUGUUACUAGUGGACUUCCUGUGAGGAAGUUAGUUUUGUUUUGUUUUAAUGAAAUGCUUUUGUUGUUUAAAUCUUAAUUCUCCUUCCCUCAACUUCCCUUUAAAGUGUGCUUACUUCAUUUGUUUAAUUUAAACGAUCCUUUCUUCUUGUCUGAGAGCAGAUCUGGCAGGGUGGGAUGGGUGGCUUUUGGUUUUGUGUUGUUUCUUCAUAGGGCAUCCAUAGGCCUCAAAGGACCUUUCCUUUAGGUCAUAUUCCUCAAAGUCUUCAAUCUUCCUCUGUUUUUGUUUUGUUUUUCUUAAAGAAUAUUUUUAAAGCUUAAAUUUGUAUAUUAAUUUAGGACUUUAUUUAGAAGUAUAGGCUGCCAUUGGUGGCAGCAGUAUAUUCUGAAAUGUCUCAUAGAUAUCUAUUUUUGAAUAAAGAUGGUGUUGUUGAACAA